AAAACUGUGUCUUUCAGCAGCAUGCCAUCAGAAAAGAAAAUCAGCAGCGCAAGUGACUGCAUCAGCUUCAUGCAAGCUGGCUGUGAACUGAAGAAAGUACGGCCAAAUUCUCGUAUUUACAACCGCUUUUUCACUCUGGACAUGGACCUCCAAGCUCUUCGCUGGGAACCUUCCAAGAAAGAUCUGGAGAAAGCUAAGCUUGAUAUUUCUGCCAUAAAAGAGAUCCGACUGGGGAAGAACACGGAAACAUUUAGAAACAAUGGCCUUGCUGACCAGAUUUGUGAGGACUGUGCUUUUUCCAUACUCCACGGGGAAAACUACGAGUCUCUGGACUUAGUUGCCAAUUCUGCAGACGUAGCAAACAUCUGGGUGUCAGGGUUACGGUAUCUGGUUUCUCGAAGUAAGCAACCCCUUGAUUUUAUGGAGGACAACCAGAACACACCAAGGUUCAUGUGGUUGAAAAAAGUGUUUGAAGCAGCAGAUAUCGAUGGGAAUGGGAUUAUGUUGGAAGACACCUCCGUAGAGUUAAUAAAACAACUCAACCCUACCCUGAAGGAAUCCAAAAUCAGGUUAAAGUUUAAAGAAAUCCAGAAGAGCAAAGAAAAACUAACCACCCGAGUGACAGAAGAGGAGUUUUGCGAAGCUUUCUGUGAACUUUGCACCAGGCCAGAAGUGUAUUUCUUACUUGUACAGAUAUCUAAAAACAAAGAGUAUUUGGACGCCAAUGAUCUCAUGCUUUUUUUAGAAGCUGAACAAGGAGUCACCCAUAUCACCGAGGACAUGUGCUUAGACAUUAUUCGGAGAUAUGAACUUUCCGAAGAGGGACGUCAGAAAGGGUUUCUUGCAAUUGAUGGCUUUACCCAGUAUUUGCUGUCACCAGAAUGUGACAUUUUUGAUCCUGAGCAAAAAAAGGUUGCCCAAGAUAUGACCCAGCCGUUAUCUCACUACUACAUCAAUGCCUCUCACAAUACCUAUCUCAUAGAAGACCAGUUCAGGGGGCCGGCUGAUAUUAAUGGAUAUGUUAGAGCUUUGAAAAUGGGCUGUCGAAGCAUUGAACUUGAUGUAAAUGAUGGUUCAGACAAUGAGCCAAUCCUUUGUAAUCGAAAUAACAUGACAACACACCUUUCCUUUCAAAGUGUCAUAGAGGUGAUAAAUAAAUUUGCCUUUGUGGCUUCUGAAUACCCACUCAUUCUUUGCUUGGGGAAUCACUGCUCCCUACCACAACAGAAGGUAAUGGUUGAACAGAUGAAAAAGGUCUUUGGCAGUAAACUCUAUACUGAAGCACCUUUGCCAUCAGAAUCCUACCUCCCAUCACCAGAAAAAUUAAAAAGAAUGAUCAUUGUGAAAGGAAAGAAAUUGCCUUCUGAUCCAGAUGUUUUAGAAGGAGAAGUUACAGACGAAGAUGAAGAAGCUGAAAUGUCUCGAAGGAUGUCAGUAGAUUACAAUGGUGAGCAGAAACAAAUCUUGCUGUGUAGGGAGCUCUCUGACUUGGUGUCUAUCUGUAAAUCUGUUCAGUACAGGGAUUUUGAACUGUCUAUGAAAAGCCAAAACUAUUGGGAAAUUUGUUCAUUUAGUGAAACAGAGGCCAGCCGAAUUGCAAAUGAAUACCCAGAGGAUUUUGUAAAUUAUAAUAAGAAGUUCUUAUCACGAAUCUAUCCAAGCGCCAUGAGAAUCGAUUCCAGUAACUUGAAUCCACAGGACUUUUGGAAUUGUGGCUGUCAGAUUGUGGCAAUGAAUUUUCAGACUCCAGGUCCAAUGAUGGACCUUCACACAGGCUGGUUUCUUCAAAAUGGAGGAUGUGGUUAUGUUCUAAGGCCGUCUAUCAUGCGAGAUGAAGUUUCUUACUUCAGUGCAAAUACAAAGGGCAUUGUACCUGGGGUGUCUCCUCUAGUUCUUCACAUUAAGAUCAUCAGUGGUCAGAACUUCCCAAAGCCCAAGGGUGCUUGUGCCAAAGGGGAUGUCAUAGAUCCCUAUGUGUGUAUAGAGAUACAUGGAAUUCCAGCAGACUGUUCAGAACAAAGAACUAAAACUGUACAACAAAACAGUGAUAAUCCUAUUUUUGAUGAGACAUUUGAGUUUCAAGUGAACCUGCCUGAGCUGGCCAUGAUCCGUUUUGUGGUUCUGGAUGACGACUACAUUGGGGAUGAGUUUAUAGGGCAAUAUACAAUUCCGUUUGAAUGUUUGCAGCCAGGAUAUCGGCAUGUUCCCCUCCGCUCCUUUGUGGGUGACAUCAUGGAGCAUGUAACUCUUUUUGUACACAUAGCAAUAACUAAUAGAAGUGGAGGAGGAAAGCCACAGAAGCGCAGCCUUUCAGUGAGAAUGGGGAAGAAAGUCUGGGAGUAUACCAUGCUCAGGAGUAUUGGUCUUAAAACCAUAGAUGACAUCUUUAAGGUAGCAGUUCAUCCCUUACGAGAAGCCAUAGAUAUGAGAGAAAAUAUGCAGAAUGCCAUAGUGUCUGUUAAGGAGCUGUGUGGACUUCCUCCGAUUGCCAGCCUGAAGCAGUGCCUGUUGACCCUGUCCUCUCGGCUCACCAGUGACAAUACUCCCUCCGUCUCUCUUGUGAUGAAAGAUAACUUUCCUUAUCUGGAGCCUCUGGGGGCAAUUCCAGAUGUGCAGAAAAAGAUGCUGGCUGCUUAUGAUCUGAUGAUCCAAGAGAGCCGAUUCCUCAUAGAAAUGGCAGACACAGUCCAGGAGAAGAUCGUGCAGUGUCAGAAAGCAGGAAUGGAGUUCCAUGAGGAGCUUCAUAAUCUGGGGGCAAAAGAAGGCUUGAAAGGAAGAAAACUCAAUAAAGCAACUGAGAGCUUUGCUUGGAACAUUACAGUAUUGAAGGGCCAAGGAGAUCUGUUGAAGAAUGCCAAGAAUGAAGCUAUAGAGAACAUGAAGCAGAUCCAGCUAGCGUGCUUGUCUUGUGGCCUUAGUAAAGCCCCCAGCAGCGGUGCUGAGGCCAAGAGCAAGCGCAGCCUGGAGGCCAUAGAGGAGAAGGAGAGCGGCGAGGACAAUGGGAAGCUGUGACCCUGGCGGCAGCUGCGCCUUCACCCGGCUUUCCUGCCAAGGACUCUGGUUUUUCCUUCUGGUUUUCUUCCUUUAAGCUUUUUAGAAGUUCACAAAAAGAUGCCCUGUAUGGGGUAUUGGACAUAAACAGAUAUUUUCACAAUAUCAGUAUUUUAACAUAAUUUAUCUAAGUUAAGACCUUUAGUAGCAAUGUUUUAAAAUUCUGAGAUGUGUGUACACACUCACAUCUGGAUGUGGGUGGAAGUGUGUGUAUGUGUGUGUGUGUGUGUGUGUGUGAGAGAGAGAGAGAGAGACAGAAACAGAGAUGGAGAGAGACAGGGAGAAAGGGAGACAGAGAGCAAAAGAGAAAGAUUGAGAGAGAUAGAUGCGGGGGGAGAAAGAGAAAUUGAGAUUCUGUUAAAAUUUAUUCUGUAUUGCAUUAUUCAUUUAGUAAGUUAUUACUUUAUCAUUUUGGAACAAAUUUGAUAAUCUGAAAUUCUAAAGAGCACUUACUAUAACCUGUUGCUAUGUUUAAUUUUACUUCUCUACCUUUGUCAUUUAAUCCAGAGAUCUUAACAUAGCUUAUUGGAAGCCAAAUUUACCAAUGCAUAGAUGUUUUAAUAGUUUAAAUAUAGAUUAGACAAAUUCCUAAGAAUCACAGUAGAAAUAAAAGUGAAUGAAAGAUAAACAAUUGAUCAGAAUUUCUGGGAAGAUCAGCAAAGUCUUCAGUUAGUGAAAGCUUUAAAAUAU